UGUACGCGGUAUACAUUGUUGGGAGAAAUCAGGAGGGACAUUCAAAUACAGACAGACUGGCAUCUCCGUUUAACGCAAUGGCAUUUAGGACCGGUGUGCUUUUUGUGACGGCUCUAAGUUUACUGUAUACAGAGUCACAUGCACAACCGAAUGUGUGUGGCCAAGCUCCUCUUAACACCAGGAUAGUGGGGGGUCAGGAUGCACCCCCGGGCAGUUGGCCCUGGCAGGCUAAUCUGCUGAAGAAUCUUCAAAAUGGAUAUGAGAUCAUGUGUGGAGGAUCUCUCAUUAACAAUAAGUGGGUGCUCUCUGCUGCCCACUGCUUCUCCAGCACAGAUACAACCAACUGGAAUGUUUAUCUGGGGCGUCAGGAACUGUAUGGUACAAACCCAAAUCAAAAAGUCAGAACCCUCAGCCGCAUCGUUCGUCAUCCACUAUACAACAAUACUCUAUAUAACAAUGACCUCGCUCUGCUGGAGCUCAGCACCACUGUGACUUUUACCGACUACAUUCAGCCCAUUUGCCUGGCAGCCAGCAACAGCACCUUCUACAGCGGCACUGAGACCUGGGUCACUGGCUGGGGAGAUGUUAACUGGAGUGUGUUCCUCCCCUCUCCUGCCACCCUACAGGAAGUACAGAUACCAAUAGUUGGAAACAAUAAGUGUAAUUGCCUGAAUGGACAGGGCACCAUCACAGCCAACAUGAUCUGUGCUGGUCUGCUAGCAGGAGGAAAGGACUCGUGUCAGGGAGACUCAGGAGGUCCAAUGGUGGUCAAACAGGGGUCUGUAUGGGUCCAGGCUGGGAUUGUGAGUUUUGGCUAUAAAUGCGCCCCGCCCAAACACCCUGGGGUCUACACCAGGGUGUCUCGUUAUCAGGCCUGGAUUGAUUCCAUCAUCACCACCAACCAACCAGGAUUUGUGACAUUUACAUCCAGUGGGACAAACAGUGACAACAGCAUCUCCUGCAGUUCGUCACCGUCCAUUACAAUAACCCCAAGCACUCCCACCACCUCAACCACCACUGCCAAGCCGGAUGUAUGUGGUCUCGCCCCACUGAACAAUGGCGGCAGCAGCGGGUCGGUAGCAACAGGGGCGUGGCCCUGGCAGGUCAGCCUGCUGAGGAAUGGGGUCCAAGUCUGUGGGGGCACUCUCAUCGCACGGAGAUACGUCAUCAGUGCAGCCCAGUGCUUCAACAGUUCACAACUCAAUAGCAGCCAGUGGACAGUGGUUCUGGGUACAAAUGCACCAAUAGGGGUGUCCAACAUCACCCUUAGCAACCUGCCCGGUAACAACAUCGCUGUGCUCCGCCUGGCUACAAGUGUAACCCUGACCAACUACAUCCAGCCCGUGUGCCUGGGCUUGGGCAGUGCUGUCUUCCCCAAUGGGUCACAGUGUUGGGUGACAGGAUGGAGAAGCACCCAGAGCGGAGUCCCAAAUAUUCAGCAGCAGAAUACAACUGUGGUAAAUUGUGGGAGCAGCGCAUCUUCCUCAGACAUCUGUAUUACAGCUGUGACGUUGCAGCAGGGUGAUGCAGGUGACCCAUUACUCUGUAAACAGGGGAGCACCUGGUUCCAGGCCGCAGUGAUAACGACCAACACCUCCGGCAGCACCAAAGCCGCCUCUAAGAUAAUUACCUUAUCUAAGGUGUCUCAGUUCGCCACUUUCCUUCAGAGUACUGUUAGCAAUCUCUCUACCAGCUCUGCUGCAGCAAUUCACAUCAACACCAUCAUCCCUUUCCUGCUGCUUCUCCUCUCUCUCCUCACCCCACUCUAAUCCAUCACCGUUCUGUCCAUCUGAACCAAAUCUCAGUUAGUAGCCUUAUGAACUCGCAUGCUAAAUGUGACAGAUUAGCUAUUGGUGAUUGUGGUUAACUUGGAUCUCACAACACGACAUGCAGUAUACAGUGUACCUUAAUAUGAGAAACAUUCAUACUCAGUUACUUGAAAAUAGAGAAUUCAACUUACUUUGCUGUCACGUAAAAUGUCUGUAUGUCACCCUAAAUGUAACACAUUUGAAAAUGCAAGAAUGCCUUCAGGAUGCUCUUCCUGUGAAGAAAUCUGAAAGAUGUUCUGUGUUAAGAAGCUGUUGCAUCCAUCCAUCAGUCCAUCCAUCAUUCCAGUCAUCAUACUUAUCCUGAGCGAGUUCACAAUGAAAAGCUGUUUCAAUAAUGUCAAAAAUUCCUUGAACGUUACAGAUUAGUGAUAGUUAGAAAUCACUGCAGUUUUAUGAGUGUUCAGUCAGUACAGCUACAACAUGACUAAUGUGCUCCUGAAAAACCUUGCAUGUACUAAAAUCACGUACUAAAAUACGUACUUCCAAUGGAAAAAAUAAGGUUAGGGAAUGCGACUAUAAGACUUUACUUUGGGGCAUGCUUUGAGCCAUUUUUUCUACAGACACCACCAUCUAGUGGGCUCAAAAAAUACAGCAAAAGUUUCAUAAAGCAUUGUUUUGGCCAUCAUUACAGUACGGUCACACCACGAAUGGCAAAAGCAUCAAAACAACCGGAAGUCAUUCAGUGGCGCGGCACGAUUUCGUCAGUGUUGUAGCCUGGUCAACUUUAUGGUAAUGAACUAAUAUAUGGUUCGGUGACAACCAGCAGGAAUGUACAAAUGCUCCACUAAAGGGAGUUCUACAGAAUACAAUGCUGUGAACUUUUCAUUUGACCAAACAGUUCCCAAGCGUAAUGCAGAAGAAACUGAUCGUAUCUGUAGCAGGAUUACCAGUUAUUCAUGACAUGUCCCUGUUUGCAUACUGGGGGAUAAAAAAAAAAUAAAAAUCAGGCAUAGACUAAGGUGUCUGAAGCUACCGGUGUUCCGGGUGAAUUGUUGAAGAAUAUAAUGUAUUUUGGUGAAAAAAGGAAGCAAGCGGCAUACUAAUUUUGGCGCCAUAGCAUGCAACGCAAAUUGUAAAUGUAAAUGUUUUUUAUUUAAAACAUCAUUUUCUUUGUCAUUACAUAACAGGGUGUUCUAGUAGAACAGUCAUGAUACAUUUUUAGUACUAUUUAUGUAAUAGUACGUUUACAUGCACAGCUAAGUCAGGCUACGGUUAUAACUCAACUACGCCAUUUAAUCAGACUGUUCUCCUUGUUGUAGUAUACAUGGAUGGGAGGGGAAUUGAUUUAUUGACCGAAGUAUGUCAAACUCCGCUACAAUAGGUGGCGAUAUGGCUCCUUUCCGCUUGUUAGUAUUGAUUUUUUUUUCGGUUGACUUAUGUCACAGACAUUAAAUAUAAUAAAAUUAAUAAUGAUAGGUGCAUGGAUAAAUAACGAGACCCAAGCUUUAAUUGAGAUCUUUUCGGAAGAGCAAAUAGAAUAAAAUCAAGAUAGUAUAACGAGAAAUAAAGUGUUUUGUAUAAUAUUCUAUGAUCGCACAAUGUGAUUUUGUUGUAAUAAAGAGUGGGGUAUAUAUGAAACAAAAACGGAGUUUUAGCACUCCCUGCACUAUAAUAUUCAUGCUAAAUUGAAGGCUAAAAAAAGCCUGAUCUUAAUGUAGCUGACUAUCGAUAUGAGAAUUGAAUGGGAAUAACAUGCGAUGUUGAUAUUAAUAUUUCAUGUCGUCCAGUCCUACUACAGCCAUUUUUCAAAUUCAGUGUGCCAGUACCAGUUUUCACUUUUGGUACCUUAUUGAUAUAGAUACGCGUUUGAAGUGCAAUAAUAGACACGUCCCUCCCAAAUGCUGUGGGGGGAUCAUCUGCCUCAGGGGUAUCACAUAUGAUGCCUGGUUUACAGAAAACAUAUACGAUUAAAAUAUCUCAUUACAUAAUUUGAAUUUUUUUUCUUAUAGUUUUUAUUUGGAGAACCCCUUUCUUCCAUUAAAACGGUUUAUUCUCAGCUCCCGCUCUGGCAGGCAGACGCUCAUUUCCAAAUCCACGUUUAAGGAGACAACACAGGGAGCAGUGAGCACAGAAGCGCAGUACGGCUUUGUGUGUAAACUUAACUCAUUGGAGACCUUGUAUCAUAACCAACAGUUAAUCAAUAAAAGGUUACGUGAAAUUGUCGAAUUUAA